AUGGAGCUAGGUAGCCUAGGAGUUCCUAAAAUUAAAAUCUCGGCAGUAGACCUUAGUAUAGUAAGAUCUGGAAGCUUGCAUAUACCAUGCAAUCAACGGUCAUUGGUUAAGCAAAGGCCGGUGAAGUACCUGAGUCUGAGGACAAGUCUUGGAUCAGUGAAAGCUGUCCAAGUGUCUACUUUUCCAGCUGCGGAAGCAUCAGCUACUGUAGAAGUAGAAGAUUCUGAAGAGACCAAGUCAUAUCCGUUGAACGCUCAACUCGUUCCCAAGCCCUCUGAGGUGGAAGCUCUCGUCACUGAAAUUUGCAAUUCCUCGUCAAUUGCAGAAUUUGAACUGAAACUGGGGGGUUUCCGCCUAUAUGUAGCAAGGAACGUAGCUGACAAAAGUAGUCCACAACCUCAGCCAGUUCCUGCUGCGGUUACUGCAAAUGCAAGUACGGAGAGUCCUGAUUCGAAUGGAUCAGCUUCCUCGACUUCAUUGGCUAUCACGAAACCAGCAUCUUCAGCUGCUGAUCAGGGUUUGAUGAUUCUUCGAUCUCCAAAAGUAGGGUUUUUCAGGAGAUCUAAAACCAUAAAGGGGAAACGUACUCCUUCGUCCUGUAAAGAGAAAGAUCAAGUGAAAGAAGGUCAAGUUCUGUGUUACAUUGAACAACUCGGUGGCCAAUUCCCGAUCGAGUCUGAUGUUACCGGCGAGGUUGUCAAAAUACUCCGAGAGGAUGGAGGCAAGUCUUUCUUCUUCUUUAACCUUUCCUUUUCUUCUGAAGACUUUCCGCAUAAUGAUUUUUCUCGUUUUCUCCUUCGAAACAGAGCCUUUGAUUCCAACCGUUGGAGAAGAAGCUGCUUUCUGAAUCUCUGUAUAAAUGCCUCGGCGCUUUCGUUGAUGUCACCUUCCUUCGCUGCUGGCUUCCUCGCCGGAAUAUUCUCCACGGUCGCCACUUUCUUCGGCUGUUCUCCGGCUUUCCUCAGCUCGUAG